AUGGGGUUCGACCGGGCGAUGAUCACGGAGGAUGAGCUGGUGAACGCCUUCAAGAUCUUCGACAAGGACAAGAGCGGCACCAUCGACGCCAUCGAGCUGCAGGACGUGCUCUGCAAGCUGGGCUUCCAGGUGAACCCCUUGCAGGCCGAGGAGAUGAUUCAGGCGGCGGAUGAGGAUGGCAGUGGCGAGUGCGAGUACGGCGAGUUUGUGCGGAAGAUCAUCGAGAAUCAGUAG